AUGAUAGAUUCAGACCAAACACCAAAUUCAUUAACCAUGUUAAUGAUGAUAAAAAAUGGAAAUCCUAUUUAUAAUAAAAAAGAUUCGGAUAUAAGCGAUAGUAGUGGUGACGAAGAUUAUAGAUCAAGUUCAAAAUCUCUCCAAAAAUUUUUUAUUGAUUUAUCAGAAGAUUUUACAUGUUCAAUUUGUUAUGAAUUAUUUGACAAACCAAUAAUUUUACCAUGUAGCCACAAUUUUUGUAAACUUUGUAUUGAAAAUAUGAUUACUGGCCAAAAGAAUAAUACUUCAUUUAGUUGUCCAUUUUGUAGGGGAGAAGUUAAAUUAAAUGAAAAAGGAGUAGACGGAUUACCAAUAAAUUGUCAUCUUUUAACUGCAGUUGAAAAGCUUAAGAAUGCCAAUGCCUUUUGCCCAAAAUUUUGUGACAGCUGUUCAUCAAAGAAAAUCACCAAAAAAUGUGAAACAUGCAGCAUAUUUUUAUGUAAAACUUGCGAUUCAAUCCAUUCAAUCAAAAAUCCAAGCCAUAAAACCAUAUAUUCAGAUAGCCAUAUUGCAAGUGAUUUCGAUAUUGAAACUCAUAUUACCAAAGAGAAUGAAUCUGAUCCACCUGUUUAUUUACCAUUCAACAUUUCACGUUCACAAUGUACUCAAUUAUUUAAGAAUUGGUUAACUUCCCUUUGGUUUGCUCCAUCAGAUUUAGAGUUUACAAGAUCAGUCCGUUAUAUCAAACCAAUUUAUAUUCCAUAUUGGAUUUAUGAAGCCCAUACAACCACAAAAUAUAGCGCAAAUAUUUCAAAUGGUAUUCCUGUUACCAGUAUUUUAACCAGUCCAACUCAACAACAUAAUAUUUACAAUCACCAUCCAAUUGGUAAAUUCGAAUCAGCCAAUUGGUCACAUAAAGUUAAUAUUGUUUCAAAUAGAUAUAGGCAUGCAACUAUUGCCAACACAAAGUUAAUCGAUAAAGAUCUUUUAGCCCAGGUACAAACAUGGGAAGUAACAAAUAUUCCUACUGUUGAACAAGGUCCACCAAACCCAAAAAUUCAACCAUUGGCUUUCUUAAUGGAUGAAAGUACUGCUUGGAAAAAGAUUGCAGAGGCUAAAAUUAGACAAAAAGACAAAGAAGUUUGUGAAAAUAGAAUUAAAGUAGGUUGUGGUGUUGGUGGCAUAACUAAAGAUAUUGUAAUUGAAACAACCCUUACCCGUGUAGCAUCUCAAAAAGUUUUCCUUCCAGUAUAUUUUAUCAAAUAUAUUUAUGACUCAAAAUCUUAUACUGUUAUUGUAAAUGCUCAAAAUUCUAAAAUAGUUGGCCAUAGACCAUACAGUGGUUUAUCUUCAAUGUUAAAAAUUUUUGGAGGUACAUCAAAAUAAAAUAUAAAUAAAUAAUAAUAAAUAAUAAUAAUAAUAAUAAAUAAAUUAAUAAAUAACAAAUUAUAAUAAUAAAUUAUAAAAUUAUUUCAU